AUGCAUGGAUUCUUGCUGGAGUUUGGCCGGCCAUUGAAGAUGAACUCUCAGCCUUCGUAUGGAGGAGUAGGGAAUUCCAACGAGAAACGAGUUUUGGAUAAAUCAAGGAGUCUGCUCAACUGGUUGACUGAACGGAACUUUGACAAGAUAAAGGAUGAGAUCAUCCAGACGAUUAUAAGAGCGUCUCCUUCAGCUUUCGUUAUCAAGUCUCUAGUGUGUUUCGUUUUCGAUAUGGCGAUGGUGGACAGUACUUCUAAUGUCUUAUUCGCUCGUCUAUCCGUCCAUCUUUUUCACUCCCUGCCCCCUUUUCCAUCAGCUGAAUCUCACGGCCAGAUUACCACUUUCGAAAGACUCUUUUUACGCAAAUGCCGAAUAGGGCUUGAAAACUCAUCUCUUCAAACAGAUAGUCAUGCACCACUUGCUUACGUCGAUGAAUCUGACUGUUGGAGAUUUAUCAAAACCGUGCGUCUCUUGGCUGAAAUCUACAAGAAUAGGAUGCUCUCUCAAACUACUCGCACAUGUAUUAUUCAGGUGCUCACGAAUCCCAUCUUCCCACCUGAGAGGAACACCGAUGCUAUGAACUUUUUUCUGUCCUCCGUUGGAGUAUUAUCAGAGUUCCAAUUUUGUGAUGAAAACUUCAAACAGCUUAUGCAAAAUUCACGGGCUGUAGAGUUGGAGAGCAGUUACAAAGAACAAGUCAAGCUUACGAAAAAAGCAGAAGAUGCACUUGCUAGAAACAAAGAAGCACUAGAUUUGUUGAAUCGGCUACUUGAAUCUUACAAGGAAGAUAAAUGCAAAUUGCAUUCACAUGCUCAAGGUCUGGAGCAAAAGUACCAAGAUGAGUCAAAGCUUAGGAAAGAAACAGAAUGUUCCCUCGCUAUAGAAAGGGAGAACAUUUCCAAAGUAAGGCUUCGACUUGAAACUCUCGAAAACGAACACAAUAACUUGCGGUUGAAAGCUGAGGAGCUCGAGAGCAACUACAAGGAUGAGCUGAUUCUCAGGAAAGAAGCAGAAAUCGCACUUCACAAAGAAAGGAAUGAGCUGGAGGCGAUGGCGCAAAUGUUUGAAACUUGUAAGAUAGAACAAGAGAACCUGACUUCGCAAGUCAGAACUUGGCAGGACAAAUACGACCAAGAGUUGAGCGUUAGGAAAGAAACAGAGGAUUCUCUCUCUAGACAAAAAGAGGAGCUUGAGAUAGUCAAAGGACUACUCGAAGCAUUCAACCAAGAAGCAGAUGCGAUGAGAGUAGAGAGAGACAGUGCUCUCGAAACAGUACAAGAGCUGACAAGAAAGCAUUUGGAAGAGCGUCAACCUCUACCCUCCUUUUACUGCCCUAUCACACAAGAGGUGAUGAAAGAUCCACAUUUUGCUGCUGAUGGGUUUACAUACGAAGCAGAAGCUAUUAAGAAAUGGUUUAGUACAGGUCACGAUACGUCACCCAUGACAAAUCUCAAGCUUUCUCAUCGCAACCUUGUCCCAAACCGCGCUCUCCGGUCUGCGAUUCAAGAUUUGAGUUGA